AUGGAAACUCGAGGACGAACCGCUACGAAGCUACCUGAACAGAUUCAAAGCACGCUGCUCGACCUUGACGAGACCCGGGAGCACCCCCAAUCGCGGAACGGUACUCGUCCAAGCCCUCGGAAACGGACUUCGGUACCGAAUCUAAGUUUGAAGAUUCCAUUCCGAUCCUCCCCAACUUUGAAGGACGCCUUCCUUCGCGCUGAGAAUUACAUCCCUCGAGCAAGACAUCCCGCAGCUACGGUUCGACCCAAGAUCCUCGGUUCCGGUUGA